AUGGCGACUAGGUCCCACUCAGCCCUUGUUAGCACGAGCACUACACCCGACAACCAGUCGCGGUUCGAGCUGGAAACAAGCUCGAGAUGGAACGACGAACCUGAGAAUGGCACUCUGCUACCGCCAACCGAUGGCGGAAAAGAUGCUUGGCUGUUUCUGGCAGCUGCAUUUGUGAUAGAGAUGAUGGUGUGGGGGUUCCCAUGGUCGUACGGUAUCUUCCAAGAGUACUAUAGCUCAUCACUACCUUUCUCGGGUGAGUCUGGUAUCCCAGCUAUCGGCACUUCCGCGAUGGGCAUACUUUAUAUGGUCGCACCCUUCACAUUUGGAUCACUCAUACGUUGGCCUCAAUACAAGAGGACAGUAAUGGUUGCAGGCUUGCUUACGAUGUGUCUUUCGCUUGGACUGAGCUCACUAUGCACGACCGUACCUCAACUUAUCGUCACCCAAGGCAUCCUUUAUGGUAUUGGCGGCGCCGUGACAUAUAGUCCUGUCGUUACUUUUCUGGAUGAGUGGUUUGUGAGACGUAAAGGACUCGCAUUCGGCAUCAUGUGGGCAGGCACAGGACUUGGAGGCAUCGUCAUUCCGCUCGUGCUGCAAUUUCUUCUCAAUCACUACGGCUUCCGCACGGCGCUGCGCAUAUGGACGAUCGUUCUCUUCGUUGUCGGUCUGCCCCUUACCUUCUUUCUUAAGCCGCGAAUUCCUGUGCCAGCAACCACCAGGUCUCGCAUUACCUUCACUUUCUUAACGAACACGCCUUUCUGGAUCCUGCAGUUUGGAAACAUCAUGCAAGGACUAGGCUUCUUCGUACCUUCCAUCUAUCUUCCCACAUACACGAAAGCCCUCGGUUUCAACAGCGCAGUCUCCGCUCUGCCUAUCAUCCUCAUCAAUAUGGCCGCCGUCAUUGGGUCCAUCAGUAUGGGAAGCAUUGUCGAUCGCACGCACGUCACCACCGCCAUUCUCAUUUCCACUAUCGGUGCUAUGCUCUCCGUCUUCCUGAUCUGGGGCUUCAGUACCUCCUUACCGCCGCUACUUAUAUUCUGCUUCAUAUAUGGCCUUUUCGCGGGAAGCUUCACUAACACUUGGCCUGGCAUCAUGAGGGCAGUACAAAUGAGUACGGGACAGAUGGAGAGUUCAAUGGUCUUCUCCUUCUUGUCGAUGGGUAGGGGUAUUGGAAACGUCGUCAGUGGGCCGGUCAGUGAGGCAUUGAUGAAAAUGGGGAACAUUGGUGAACAUGGGCUCUAUGGGACGCAAUAUGGUAGUUUGGUGGUGUGGACCGGGAUUAGUGCUACACUUGGAGGUGUAAGCAUCAUUGGGAGGAGAGUGGGGUGGCUGUAA